AUGUUGGCAUCCGCGGUUCUACUCUUGGCAGCUGUUUUGCUCUUCCAGCUCCUCUUUCCAACCCAAAGGCCCAACAAUUUCCCACCAGGCCCUCGACCAAUCCCCAUCUUUGGAAAUGUGCUGCAGCUCAAUCUGGAGAGCCCUAUCGCAGAUCUGGAGAAGGAUAACUUGGCAAUAAAACGUUGUACUUUCUCUCUCAUACAGAUUUAUGACGCUGUUCCCAUUGUGCGAAACCUGCCACUACCGUUCCAGAAAGCCUUUAAAAUGUUCAAGGUAUGUCUUGAAGCCGGCGCUAAUGUGAUGUUUGAGAACAAAAAGACCAGAGUUCCUGGUAAACCGCGCCAUUUCAUCGACAGCUAUCUGGAUGAACUGGAUAAGAGAGGCGAUGAUGCCUCCUCAUUUUCUGAAGACCAGCUUUGUGCAUUUAUUUUGGAUUUUCACUUUGCUGGAACUGACACGACUGCUAACACCCUGCUCGCUGCCUUCCUCUACCUCAUGAACUAUCCACAGAUACAAGAGCGCUGUCAGCUAGAAAUAGACAAUGUCCUGGAUGGGAAGGAUGAAGCCAGUUUUGAAGACAGGCACCAGAUGCCCUAUGUGCAGGCCGUCAUUCACGAGAUCCAGAGAAUGGCUGACACAGUCCCUCUCGGUAUUUUCCACUGCACCACUAAAGACACAGAGUUAAUGGGAUACUCCAUACCCAGGGGAACCAUUGUCAUCCCCAACCUUUCCUCGGUGCUGAACGAGGAGGGACAGUGGAUCCCCCAUGAAUUCAACCCUGAAAACUUCCUCAAUGAGCAGGGGGAGUUUGUAAAGCCCGAGGCCUUCAUGCCUUUCUCUGCUGGUCCUCGUAUGUGUCUCGGAGGCCUGGCUCGUAUGGAGCUCUUCCUCUUCGUGGUGACUCUGCUGAGGAGGUUCAAGUUUGUGUGGCCUGAGGAUGCAGGAGACCAGACUACACACUGGUUGUUGGGACAAACCCAGACCCCCAAACCUUAUUUUGGUGUGCAACGCAGCACGGUAUGA